AUGGGAGCCAUGCUCGGUAGCCUCUGCAUGGGGGCGUACGGCCUUGUCCUGGCUGUGAACAUGCUCUGGGCUGCCGGCCUCAUGAAACUGCUCAGUGUCUUCCCCAUGGAAAGGAGGAGGUACGAAGGCAUUUGCCUCACAUUGACGCAGGUCUGUUGGACCAUUGCCUUGUUCUUUGCUCCAUGGAUCGGUACGGAGUACGAUGCGGCAACUGCUUCUGAGUGGAAAGCCAUGCUCAAAAAGAUGGAGGAAGUCGAUGCAAAAGUUGCAGCUGGAGAGGAUACACAUCGUCCCAUGAUGAUCCUAGGGAACCAUGCGUCCUUUCUGGAUGUGAUCCUAGCGGUAGUUGCGAUGCCGAACGCAGUCCUGAGGAGAUGUCGGACCUACAUGGAUUCUCAUCUCUUCAAUCUCCCCGUUCUGGCCACGAUUUGUCGUGCCGUGGGGCACUUUCCUGUCUACUUCACCAGUGCCAAAAAUGGCGUCUUUGCAGUGGACAAGGAAAGGAAUGAGAAAGUUGACCAGAAAGUCGACCAGUUCCUCAAAGAGGGUGGCUGGCUUUGCUUCUACCCAGAAGGUCAACGGAACAAGGCUCCCGAUGAGCUUCUGCCCUUCCGCUAUGGUGGCAUGAAGAAAGCCCUUGAGUUCGACGCGCGCUUGAUGUCGCUGAUGGUCCAUGGGGUGCAGGCCGUCUGGCCGCAUAAGGCGCAGAUGGGCGGCUAUCCAGGCACGGUGCGAAUCAGCAGCAAGCAGCUGGCGCCGGACGGCGUUAAGGCUCUGCUGAAAGAGCUCAGGGCAUCAAACGAUUGUCCACAGGAGGAAAAGGAUGCAGAGGUGGCUCAGGGCUUGUUCAAGCGACGCUGGGUGCACCCAGGCAUCCGCGCGGUCGCUGAAGAAUCCGCGCUAUCCAGUGCUCGUUUCAUCAAGGCUUUGGCAAACCUUGACACUAAUCUUCCUGGGCCUGUCGCUGAGCGCCAGGAGCUCUUGCUGACACCAAAGGCUAAGGUUGAGAAACCCCAGCGCUCAAGGAGCCCUCGCAGAGACGAACGUCCUCCUAUUCAACGUUCUGCAACUACAUACAGAACAUCUUCGCCCAGAGAGGACAAGGAAGGAGAUAGGCAUCGAGGUCGUGAAAGAGAGCCUGAACAUCGCGAACCGUCAGAAGGCAGUUACAGCGAGGAGAGCGGCGAGGAGGAAGAGCCCAGGGAAGAAGAGCCUGUGGUCAAGAGGGCAGAAGAGGCCCGUACAGAGCGGAGACGUUCAGAGAAACCGCCUGAGCCACCGUAUCCACCGAGGGCACGGGUUCGAGCGACGAGCCUGAGGGAAGACCGCUGGCCUUGUGGCCUUGCGGUAACAAUGCCGACAGGCGUUGGUUCCCCAGAAGAAGUAGAGGAAUCUCCCCCUGGGAGAGAAGGAGAGAUGUUUGGUGCACCAGCCUCUCCAGAGGAAAUCAUGGCGAGUCUUCGAGAAAGGCCCGCGCCUACGGCACCCGUGGAGUACAACGUAGAGGAGGCCGCUUUUUGGCAGAGCCGUCACGUGCCCCCUGGUUCCGUGAUAGAGUUUUCGAGCCCAACAUCUGGUGCGGCCGUCCCGCCGGUGGUCGCUGUGUUGGUGUUCGAGUCAAACUCGCUGGAAACAGGAAUGUGGCUGAAGGUGAAGGUUAUGGGUUCGAGCGAUCGCGACGAAAAGAAGGAGGCCGAAAGGUAUUUCAAGAACUUUCGCAGGGAGAUACACAUUUGCAACCUUGCUUCGGGAGAUUGCCCACUCAUCGACACCGAUGCAAUGCACCUGAAACAAUUCAAAUGGUACCCACCAGGGGACUACGAUGCAGCCUGGCUUACCCAUCAAGCCAGGAAGGCUAUUGCCGAGGGAAAGAAGAUGGAGAUGGAGGCCGCCGCAAAGGAGGGACGCCGCCGUCUUUCACCACCGCGCGACGGUCCCGGUCAUGGGGAGUCGCUGGUGGAGAAGCGAUUGGGAGCCUUAAGAAGUCCGCGGCCGGGGAGAGUUACCUUCGCCGCCGAUGCGGCGCCUCCCAAUACAAGGCGACCGGACGUUGCCCUGCCGAGCCCCCGGGAUGGACGUGGUGGCCUUGCCCCAGUCUUAAGCUCACGGGCGCUGGCAGUUCGAAGUCAGGUCAAGGAAGAGGCGGAGGUGAUCAGCGAUGGGUCAGACAAAGACGGCAGCAAGAGGAGGAAGAAGAAAAGGAAGUCCAAAGACAUGGCAGCGGUUCUGCUGAAAGCAGCAUCAUCGAGGACCUCGACAGCAGGCAACAAAGAAAAGAAGAGGAGGAGCAAGUCGAGGUCGAGAUCCAAGAAGAGAAAGAAGAAGCGGCAUCAGAAGUCUUCGGAUUCGGGCAGCAGGAGCCGUUCGAGCAGCAGGUCUUCGACGAGCGACGAGAGCCUCAUGGCCCCUUUGAAAAGGAGGUCAUUGAAGGAGCCGGGGUCGGUCUUCAGGAUGCUGGAGGACAGCGCCAUAGAGCGGUUGUCCGCCGAUGGCAUCAUGGACGAGGAUCACCUGACCGCAGGACAGCCAGGCCAAAGACCGAAACUGCUGACUUAUUUUCAGCUGGUCCUGAAGCCCAACCUGGAUGCCCGCGGGAGAGAUUGCCGGGAGCUGGCAGUGCUUGCUCGAGCUCUCGACUUACUCCGCGACGGGCGUCUGGGGGAACUGGCAGACGUCCUGGCAGGUCGCAUGAUGGCCAUCGACGCAUCGACAAAACAGGGGUGGCAGACAGCCCGACAUCUGGAGGUGUACAACGACGAGCAGGACAAUGUCGCGCCACCUCACGUUCUCCUCUCCGCGCAAAAGCAUGCGCGCUUGGUCGAAAAGGCCGGAGGAAAAGGAUCAUGGCCAAGGACACAGACCUGGGGCUCCUACGAUUGGAGCUACGAUCAACGGCCCAAAGGUUUGGCAACACCUGCAUCAACCAUCCUGACCUCCGCUUUUGUACCCGUUGAGGGUCAGGAGGAGAGUUUACUCCCCAGUGCGCCGGGCCGUCCCGCGCAGGGGGGUGAUGGCAAUACAUUGACUUCAUCAACAGCCUCCUUGGCCCCCGCUUUUAUGCCUUUUGAGGGCCAGUCAUUUUUGAAUUCAGAGUCUACAGCUGGCGGUGAAGCCUGUUUUUCUGCUGUGGACGACGCAGGCCUUGGUCGUGCGCCCCGUUCUUACAUGGAACUUUUGGGGGCGCUGACCACGAGCUGCUCCUUGGCUGAAUUGGGCAUGAGACUGGCAUGGGGGUAUAGCAAAAAUUUGGUCACGCUGGGAAAUUCCCGUGCUGGACCCACACGGGCCACCGUUCGCGAGAAGGGUGGCCUGUUCCCCCUGCCAGUCUUGAUCCCAAGUGGUCUGGAAUGGGACGCUGCUGGUUUAAAGUGCAGCGAGCGCUCCGGGCUAUCAGUCCAGUGCUGGACAGCGGUUGCAUGCGAAGCUAUCAAUGCUUUGUACGGCCUCCCCAAUGUGGGUAAGACUAGAGUGCCGACCAAAAUCCAUAGAGCUGUUUUGGCGGGUCUGGAAGAUAAGGUUCGUAGGUUUUUGCAUGGAGAGUCUGUUCCUGAUUUCAACUUUUUUGAUGCUGUCAAGGAUCUUAAAGAGAAGCGGCUUUCUUAUACUGGGGAAGAAAUUCAACCACCUCAUCCAUUGUCAGCUGCACAGAUCAUCAAAGGAUUGCCCCCUGUGGGCCACGGUGGAGCUAUACCAGUAACGCCUUUUCUCAAGGGUCGCACACGAUUUCUCAUGGAACAUCCUGAAGAAAGUUUGUUGCCUGAAUGCGACAGAGGAACUGCCCCUGUAGCGAGUGCUGACAGUCCCCAACGUGCUUGGUGGCAAGUGUACUUGGACAAUUUCAUGUCGGGGGAAGUUGAUCGUGGCGGGGAGCCUGGGAUAAGUAUUCAACUGCAGGAUGCUGCGAUGAGGGCUUGGAGCACCUCUGGGGUUCUUACAGCUGAAGAUAAGCAAGUGUUGGGCAGUAGAGAAGCAACAGAGUUAGGGGUUCGGUUUUCUGACCUGACCUCACAUUAUGAUGGAGAAGUGACUUGCUCGGAUGCAUCUGAGACUGGAGGAGCCUUUUUUUCUCCAUUUUGCAAAGUCAAAUUUUGCGUGGAAAAUGUAGCUUCUAUGGACGAAUCAGCUAGAAAGGCCAUCUCAGAUGAGCUGGAGGUCUGCCCAAUCAAACUUGACCCGAGCGACAUUUUGCCCUUCAGUCGACCUAGGUUUGCUUGGACUUCUGAACCAUUGUAUGAAAUGCAGGGAAUACGCCUUGUCAAGGAAAAGGGGUACAUACGAGCAUACAUGGAAGGUGACACAGUAGCCAAUUCUCAAUGGAUUCGACCCGGUUGGUCUUGGACAGCUCCUCCAGGGACUUGCUUCCCAACUUUCAUGAAAGCUAUACGGCGACGACGACCACCACCACAGCCUGCUGGUUUAUCUCGAACAGACGAAGCUACUCGUAACAGAUGGCAACAACAUGAAUUCAGAUACCCUCCUUAUCAGUACAGAGAAUGUUUUCUUCUUUCUUCACCUGGACACCCACCUAGAGUACUGGACUCCAGUGAACGGGAACUUUUGCUGGGGUUUGGCCCGGGUCAUACAGCCACUUGCAUGAGUGCAUCAGAGAUGAAGCGGAGUCUCACAGAUUAUGAGGACAUCCGCUGUUCUCUCAACGGCGAUAGCUUUUCAAUACUUUCUUUUGCGGUUAUUGCCAGCAGUUUUUCAGCGGAGUUCGUACCCAGGUUGAGCCCGAACAAGAUAGUAAAGCGAUUGGGAUUAGCACCAGGGGCUUCCAUUCAUCCGUGCACUGAGGUACCAAUGAGCCGUUGGCUCUCUUAUGGAGGAGAUCCAGAACUUCAACAUCCACUGGAAGAAUUGGUCAGGCAUCUUGGCUUGACCAUUAACCAUACUGGGGCCGAUGUUCGCAUCUGCACCGGGGAAGUCCUUACUCACAAAGCACAGUCACAUGCUUCGGCUCGAGCAUGGUGGUGGCAGUGGAAGCACCUGUUCAAAAUCAAGUGGCUUUUCAAAUCGCAUAUAAAUUACCUUGAGAUGAAAAUGAUUCUUCAUACCUUACUGUGGAAGUCUCGAUCCAUUUCCAAAAUCAAUUGUCGCUGGUUGCAUUUAGAAGACAGUAUGGUUUGCUUGUAUAUUCUAUCCAAAGGCAGAACUUCAAGCCACCUUCUUCAACCACUAUGUAAUCAGAUCGGGGCGGUUCAAUUGGCGAUGGGAUCAGUGUUGUUACAUUCACAUGUUUCCUCCUCCGAGAAUCCCACGGAUGCUGCAAGUCGUGAUUAG